AUGGAAUCGAGUCUCACUACCGAAACGGCCAAGUUCGGAAUUGACGAAGCGGCGGUGGGUGCCAGCACCGGUGAUCCGGAGCCCGUGAAGCAGCUCAAAAUUAUCCCCAAGGUUCGGAAAUGCGGCGUUGUGCACUUCAAGAACCGUUUCGGCGCCUACGACAGCCUGUAUGCCGUCGACGUGCUGGAGUCGGAGUCGACUGAGAUUGGCCGGCAGAUGCAAGCCGAGCUCAGGUUCCGACAAAACACGACGCGGAGGCGCACUGCAAAGGAAAAGGUCAAGGCCGCCAACGCGAAGCUGGCAGCAGCAAAAGCGUCACCGGCAGAAGCAGGAGCACUAGCAGGAGCACCGGCAGCACCGCAGAGUUCGGGAAAUAUGCUGGUGCUGCGGAUCCGGGUCCAGUCCCCGGCCAUUCUCCGCAUCAUGUCCCAGAUCAUGACAGGCGGCGAGGCCGACUGGGCCGCAAAGCCACACACCUUCAUGCGGCCCUUUGACGCCCUGAUCUUCUACCACGCGAGAGUCUGUGAACGGCUGGCCACGCUCCAGGAGCGAUGGGGUUCUCCCGAGCAUCUUGACGCUGUCGGGACGCCAUCCAGCAUGGCCGUGUCCGAACAAGACAGCUCUGGCGGAAGGAUUGCCGUGGACGACUGCCCUGCAGCACUCGCCGAGCUGCGCGCCUACGUCAAGUUCAUGAGCGAGGAGGUGAUACCGCUCUACACCAAGUUCGACAAGCUCCAGGCCGUGGACGGAGAGGCAUCGACCAAGGUGCGCUUCCACGACCUUUGGUAUCUCUUCCGCGUCGGCGAGCUCGUCUUCCGGCCCGUGGGGACGGGUGCCAGCAAGGAGUUCAAUAAUACCGCGCUAGGCAACCGGACGUGGCGGUGCUAUGGGACGCGGCUGGCCUGGCCCAAAUACCGCGUCAUAGCAGACGAGCACCGCAGCCUCAUCGACGACGACUACGAUGACAGUGAGCAAGCGUCGUUUGGCGUGCACUGCUACUACAUCGACUACACGGGCGACGAGUUCUGCGUCGUGAUCGAGACGUUUGAUAUCGCCCCCUUCCGGGGCGAGAAGCUUGUCAAGUCGCUGCGCGUGUUCCCCUACCGCUUCGCUACCGACUACGAGAAGCAGUACCGCGCGACCAUCGACAACGGCCACCGCUUCCUCGAGAGCACCAAGACGAAGCACGCGUCGUACAACGGGUGGACCACGGCCUUGACGCCCCGGGGCGAGCCGACGACCGACGUCGAGGGCAACAGCCAGCAUCGUCCCGAAUUUAUCGCCAGCGAGGUCAUUGUAGACUUUGGCGAGGCCUUGCAGGCGUGCCCGGCGUGGAGGCCCGAAGCCACCCUCGUGCGGUCCGAAGAGGCCGACCCGCAGGAGGCCGAGGACGACUUCACCAUCUGCUGGUGGUCCGACGCCGGCAGGACACGUCUCGUGCGCGAGACGAACGAGGUUAUUAUCCUGCGCUUGGGUGUGGCCAUUUUUGAGCGCAACAACAACCUGUCGGCCGAGAAUGCGUCGGCCGACAGGUUUCUGAUCAGGGUCCGCGAAAACGACAGGAAUGGCAAAGUCACCACCGAGGCCCAUCUCAACACGGACGAUGCCGACCCCCGCGCGUGCGACCUCCCGUUGCUCCCCUCGCGCAUCUUUGCCUACGUGCUGCGCGACCGCAAAUUCGCGCAGCUGACGGUUCAGCAGCUGAAACCGGUCACGAAAUCGAACGAUGCCUUCGACUACCUCAAGAUCAACCCGCGCCAUAGAGACCUCAUCCAGUCCCUGGUCGAGGAGCACUUUGAGAAAAAGGCGAGCGACCGGCAGGACGGCGUCGACAUUGGCAACAUCGACGUCAUAAAGGGCAAGGGCAAGGGGCUGUUUAUCCUGCUGUACGGCGAGCCGGGGGUCGGCAAGACGGCCACGGCUGAGGCCAUCGCCGCUGCGAACGGCAAACCCCUGUUCCCCAUCACCUGCGGCGACCUCGGCCUGACACCGGCGACAGUUGAAAAGGCCCUCUUGAGGAUAUUCCGUCUUGCUGAUACGUGGAAUUGUGUGCUGUUGCUGGAUGAGGUCGACACUUUCUUCUCGCAGAGGGCCCAGGGGGAUGAGACUCUGGCCAAGAAUGCCUUGGUUUCGGUCUUUCUACGGGUCCUCGAGUACUACGACGGCCUACUCUUCCUCACCACCAACCGGCCGGGGGCGCUCGACGAGGCCUUCAAGUCGCGCAUCCACCUCAAGCUGCACUACCCGCGACUGGGACAGAAGCAGACCAUGGAGAUCUGGGACAUGAACAUGACGCGGCUCCAGAAGAUCGAGAAGGAGCGGUGCCGCAAGAACCCGGCCGCCCGUCCUUUGCAAAUCACCAGGAAGAGUAUACUGCGCUUCGCGGAGGAAGUGUUCCGCAAGCAGAAGCGGCAAAACCCGAGCUCGGCGGUGGUGCUGUGGAACGGGCGCCAGAUCCGCAACGCCUUCCAGGUGGCGUCGUCGCUGGCGCAUUACGAGGCGCGGCGCGACGAGACGCCGCCCAAGUUGACGGUCGCCCAUUUCCGCACGAUCCACGCCGUCACCGAGGACUUUGACCAGUUCAUACACAACACCAAGGGCAAGAACGACAGCAUGCUGGCGUUUGAACGUGGCGAGAGGGACGACGACUUUGUCGCGCGGAAACGCCGGUACGAGGAAGAAGACGAUCACUACCACGAUGACGACGACGACGACGACGACGACGGCGACGACGACGACGACGACGACAACGACAACAACAACGACAACAAAAACGACAACAAAAACGACAACGACAGCAACGACGAUGAUGACGACGAUGGCGAGGACGAUGAUGACCACUCAGAAGCCCCUGACAACAAGAAACGCAAAUUAUACGGUGAAGGGCGGCACAGUCCCCCUCGGCCCGACCUGCGGCUCACCACCAUCGGCACCGAGGCACGCCGGUCGCUGAGCCCCAACAUUGCAGCGGCGACGGAAGCAGCAGCUCGGGGACGGUCGAGGGCCAGCAGCGGCAUCUUUGGCUCCGCCGGUCUGAGUCAAGUGGCAGGCAGCACUAGCGCGCGGCAGCAGCGGCGACCACCUCCCGCGUCGCCUCGGCAGCGGCCGCAGCAGCAGCGGACGACCCAGUGGCGCGGCGCGCCGUCCAUCGAGGUGAUUCCGAGCCGUGACGGCGCCGGCGCCAGCGACGCGUACCUCUCGCUGGGCUACGCCAGGAACAACGCCGACGGCUGGGGGAGAAGCAGUCAACACGGUGGGCGGCAUAGGCCCGACUCAAGUGGGCAGAGCAGGAGGCCCAAGAGGUCUAAGCGCGAUUCGGAUGACGACGACGAAGCGUAUGAGUGA